CAUUCCCAGCUCAAUGUUACCUUCUUUCUAGGUUUCCACUGCUCUAUCCUCACCCCCUACCCCACCCCCACCCCCUGGGCGGAAGAACAAUCCAAGAAAGUAUUAUAAACAAACCCCCAAACUGAGCGUCGUUACAAAAAAAUCAAUCUUUGAGCAAAAACAGUAGUCCAAUAGAGAGUUUUGUUGGUGAAUAAAUGGCGUCACAGACAGCAAAUUUGUGGGUUUUGUUGGGAUUAGGAUUGGCUGGAAUACUCAUAAUGACCAGAAAGCUGAAGAAAGCUGUUAAAGAAGACUUUGGAGCCUUUGUUGAACGGCUUAAGCUUCUGCCACCGCCUCAGCCCCCUCCACCUAAAGCUCCUCAUCCUCUUACUGGUCUUUCUUUUGCCAUCUCCGAUGUAUUCGAUAUCAAUGGAUUUGUGACAGGGUUUGGGAACCCAGACUGGUCAAGGACUCACGAACCUGCUAGUCAGACGUCUACCGUGGUCACGACACUUGUUGAAGGAGGAGCCACAUGUACUGGAAGAACUGUUGUAGAUGACAUGGCCUUUGGUAUUAGUGGUGAACAGAGACAUUUUGAUACUCCAACAAAUCCGGCUACUCCUGCCCGGAUGCCCGGAGGGUCAUCUAGUGGGGCUGCUGUUGCUGUGGCUGCAAAUUUUGUUGAUUUUUCUUUGGGUACUGAUGCUGUUGGAGGUGUGAGAGUACCUGCUGCAUACUGUGGAGUUUUAGGGUUUCGGCCAUCUUACGGGACAGUUUCUCAUACCGGCAUAAUUCCUGUUUCAGCUAGUCUUGACACAGUUGGAUGGUUUGCAAGAGAUCCCAGCAUAUUGCGCCGUGUUGGGCAUGUGCUGCUGCAGGUUCCUUUUGCUGCUCAACGUAAUCCAAGGAAUGUUGUGAUAGCUGAUGAUUGCUUUCAGUCACUAAAGUUUCCUGGUGAUUGCGUCAGUCAAGCAGUGACCAAAGCUGUCGAAAAGCUGUUUGGAAGACAAAUCCUAAGACAUGAGAAUCUGGAAGCCUAUUUAAACUCAAAAGUUCCAAGCUUAAAACUGUUUGCUGACAAAAAGUCCAAUGGUGAAAGAAAAUCUUCAUCAACGAAUUUGCUAUCAUAUGCUAUGCAUAUACUUAGGAGACACGAGUUCAAACAAAAUCAUCUGGAGUGGAUCAAUGCUGCAAAGCCCAAUCUGGACCCUAUUAUUUCUGCCCAAAUGCAAGGAGCGCUGGAAAUCACAGAUUCAAAUAUUGAUAGCUGCCAUGCAAUUAGGAACGAAAUGCGCUCAGCUCUAAGUGAUCUUUUGAAAGAUGAUGGAAUUUUGGUCAUCCCCACAGUUUCUGAGCCUACUCCAAAGACUGGUGCAAAGGAGAUUCAAUCCGAGGACUAUCAGAUUAGGUCAUGCUCAUUUUCAAGCAUAGCUAGCAUGUCAGGUGGCUGCCAGGUCUGCGUACCAGUGGGAUUUCAUGAUAAAUGCCCAAUUUCUGUGUCCUUUUUAGCAAGGCAGGGAGGUGACAGAUUUUUGCUCGACACCAUACAGACCAUGUAUGCAGAUCUCCAGGAACAGGCAGAGUUAGCCACAAAAUCAUCAGCAUCUGGUAAUGCCUUGAGCAAGGAUACAUCUGCCGAAAUGGCUAAAGAAAAGGGCAAUCAAGCCUUCAAAGAGAAACAGUGGCAGAAAGCCAUUGGCUUCUACACAGAGGCUAUCAAACUCAAUGGUAACAGUGCAACAUACUUUAGCAACAGGGCUGCUGCUCAUUUGGAGAUUGGAAACUUCCUCCAAGCUGAAGCCGAUAGCAGUAAAGCCAUUGAUCUUGAUAAGAAGAAUGUCAAGGCUUACUUAAGAAGGGGCACAGCACGAGAAAUGCUGAGCUACUAUAAAGAGGCAAUUGAAGAUUUCAGAUACGCACUAGUUCUUGAGCCAACAAACAAAAGAGCAUCUCUGUCUGCCGACAGGCUGAAGAAGUUGUUUCCAUAGGUAAACAUGUUUAAAAUGGUUGCUGUUGCAGAACCUUUUCUGUGUCGAAGUGGGUCAUCUCAGCAGAAAUAUGAUGAAUGGAAUGAUUGAAAGUACGAGGAAUGAAAGCAAGCGUCGAAAUUCUUUCUUUCCACUUUGAAGAUGAGGAGCGACCCCUUAGAUCUCGGCUGCAGCUUAAAAAUAUAAUAGAGUUUUGAUGCCUUGUGCAAUUUCGUUUAGUAGAUAUUGCAUUCAAAUUGUAACUUUUCGAGCUAUUACUUCAUCGUUCAACAUAACCAAUCUAAUUUUUUGG